GAUUGGAAAUACUGCUGUUUUCCCCUAAAUAUGCAAAUUUACCGAAUACUUGAAUGAUUAUUUUUGCUCUCAUGUAUAGAAAUGUCUGUCUCCAGUCCAAUCAAAGUAUACUUCCAAAAUGACAAACCACUUGUGUGGAAUGCUAAAGAUGCUGUGGAACUGAGAGAGGAGUGGAGGAUUGUGGGAUGUCUCAUUGGAUGCUUGCCAAGAUUACCACGACAAAACAAUCAUCUUGGCCUUCCACUUCAGCUCUCUAAAGAGGAAGUCACUCUUCUGCUUGAAAAAGGUGCUAUAAUCCUCGUGAAUGGCAACAGUGGCUUGAGGGAACCUAGUGCAAAGGAGAAAGAGGAGUUUGAUGAAUACAGAGAGCAGAGCUACCAAAAUCAGGUAAAAAUGUUUCGAGAAGAGAGGAAGAGGGAAAUAUACCAAAACAUGGGGAACAUCAUUGAGGGGAAGAGGAAGAAGGCACAGAUGGAGCUGGGGGAGAAGAAGAACUGUGGGGAGGUCACAGAGGAAGUGAGGGUGGAGGAAGACUUCAGUAUAGAUGUAGACAAAGUUCCCAUCCCACCAAUACCAAAGAAAUUCAGCCUAGUUCAGUUAUUUACAGAGUCUCCAUAUAGAGAUGAGGAAGUGCCAGCAGUUUGGUCAUAUCCCAAAACUGAGCAAGAUUACCUGAGAUAUCACGUUUAUCGAGACUUAUGGAACCAAGGCUAUUUCCUGUCUAAUGGGAGCAAAUUUGGUGGUGACUUUCUUGUUUAUCCUGGCGAUCCUUCCAGAUUCCAUUCUCAUUACAUUGCCAUCUGCAUUCCACAUGAUAAAAAAAUGUCUGCCCUAGAUCUUGUAUGUAUGGGGAGAUUAGGAUCUAAUGUUAGGAAGACUGUUUUAAUGUGCUCAGAGGGCCAAGAUGACACCAUUACAUACACAUCCCUACAAUGGACGGGAAUCAGCUGAUAUACACUAUAUUACCAACCAAUCUCACUCUCUCAGGAUGAGUGUUCCAUUCACUUUACUCCAUAAAGUGGAUCAAAUAAUAUAUGGAUAAAUGAAUGACAGUCCUUAAACUUUGUGCACAUAUCUGUAGUAUUGAGUCACAACAUAAUGAAAUGGUGGACAUGGACUUUUGUUUCAAGAAAACUAAGACAAUUUGUGCUGCUUUUUACUUGUGGAAAGUAGAGAGUACAGGGCUCUAGGAUAUGGCAGCUGUUAUGUUCAAAGAAAUACAGACUGUACUCCGAUAUCCCACUUAAAUGCAUAUGUAGAGGUGGAAAUGAAUAUUUGCACUUGCAGGAUUUGGAAUCCUGUCAUGGAGUCCAAUACAUUCAUUGUAAGACCUUAUCACCUAUGGUAGGUGUAAAUGAUUCAUUGUACUGUGAAAGUGGGAAUGAAAACUGCUAAUAUGUGGUACGUGUUCUUGAAUGUGCGGAAACCAAAAUAAAUUAUC